GUCAGCUGUCACUUUAGGUCACGUGAUCACGAUCGACAUUGGAGAACUUUGUGGCCACGAGGUUUUUAAUAAUCUUUAAAAUUUGUAUAUUUUGUUUCACCGGGUUUAAAACGUUCACAGUUAAAGUGAAAAAUCAGAAAUGCCCUCUAGUAAGCCGCUACCACCGAAAGAAAAUGCCUUAUUUAAAAGAAUCUUGAAGUGUUACGAGCAGAAACAGUACAAAAAUGGUUUGAAAUUUGCGAAGCAAAUCCUCUCAAAUCCCAAAUACACAGAACAUGGAGAGACCCUUGCGAUGAAAGGCUUGACCCUCAACUGCCUAGGCAGAAAGGAGGAAGCUUACGAAUAUGUCAGAAGAGGUUUAAGAAACGAUCUCAAAUCUCACGUGUGUUGGCAUGUUUAUGGCCUGCUGCAGAGGUCUGACAAAAAGUAUGAUGAGGCCAUCAAGUGCUAUCGAAAUGCCCUCAAGUGGGAAAAAGAUAAUAUUCAAAUUCUUAGGGAUCUGUCUUUGCUGCAAAUACAGAUGCGGGAUUUGGAAGGUUAUAGAGAUACCAGAUAUCAAUUACUUAUGCUUCGACCAACACAAAGAGCUUCCUGGAUCGGUUAUGCAAUGUCUUUCCAUUUAUUAGAAGAAUACAAAAAUGCACUUAAUAUUUUAGACACAUUUUUGGAACAACAGAAAGCAAACAGUUUUGACUAUGAACACAGUGAACUUCUCUUAUACCAGAACCUCGUCAUCCAAGAAUCCGGUGAUUUGAAAGAAGCCCUCAAACACCUCGAAGCCUCACAAAACCAAAUAGUCGACAAAUUAACCUUAAAGGAAAAGCUAGGCGAACUGUGUCUUUUAUUAAAACAAUUUGAUAAAGCGACAACCUGUUACGAAGAACUCAUCCAAAGAAAUCCCGAAAACACAAAUUAUUAUAAUAAAUUAAUAGACGCUAAACAAUUGUCCAAUCCUCAAGAUAUCGUAGAUUUUUAUACUAAAUAUUUGGAAAAGUUUCCUAGAGCAAUGCCGCCUAGAAGACUGCCUUUGAAUUAUGCCACAGGAGAACAGUUCAAAACUCUAGUGGACAAGUAUAUGAGGAAGGCUCUGUCUAAGGGAGUUCCUCCUCUCUUCGUGGACCUGAGGAGCCUGUAUUCAGACAAACAUAAAGUAGAAAUUAUUCAAAAUUUGUUAUUACAAUAUGUGGAAGCACUAAAAACUGUGGGAAAAUACAGUGAAUUAGAAGUUAAUAACGGACCCAAAGAACCGGCUAGUGCUCUUUUGUGGGUUUACUAUUAUUUGGCACAACAUUUUGACUUUUUAAAACAGACUGAAAAGGCAUUAAGUUAUAUCGAUGCUGCUAUUGAACACACUCCCACCUUAAUUGAACUUUUUGUUGUCAAGGGUAGAAUAUAUAAGCAUGCCGGUGAUCCUCAAGAGGCCCUCAAGUGGUUAGACGAGGCCCAAGCCUUAGAUACGGCCGACCGAUACAUAAACUCGAAAUGCGCGAAAUAUAUGUUACGGGCGAAUUACGUGAAAGAAGCGGAAGAAACGUGCGGAAAGUUUACGCGGGAAGGCGUGUCGGCGAUGGAGAAUUUAAACGAAAUGCAGUGCAUGUGGUUUCAGACGGAGUGUGCGCUGGCGUACCAGAGACUAGGCAAAUUCGGAGAUGCGUUAAAGAAAUGUCAUGAAAUAGAUAGGCAUUUUUCCGAAAUCAUAGAAGAUCAAUUCGACUUCCAUACGUAUUGUAUGCGAAAAAUGACGCUAAGAUCUUACGUAGGUCUGUUACGGUUAGAAGACGUGCUUCGGGGUCAUCCGUUUUAUUUUAAAGCAGCCAAAUGUGCCAUUGAAGUGUACCUUCAUCUGUUCGAUGAGCCGCUCAAAGACGAGAGUGCGGAACAGGAAUUAAAUACAGAAAAUCUUGCGCCAUCGGAAUUAAAAAAACUAAGGAACAAACAGCGAAAAGCGAGAAGGAAGGCGGAACAGGAGAGCGCGCAAGCGAGAGAAGCACAAGUAAAGAGAGAUCAGCAUCACAAAUCGCGGCAACAGUGUGACGUGGAAGCGGACGCGCCACAACUUGAUGAGUUAAUUCCGGACAAAUUGGCAAGGGUUGAUGAUCCAUUAGAACAAGCUAUAAAAUUCCUACAGCCUUUACAAACAUUAGCCAAAGACAGAAUAGAAACACAUUUAAUGGCAUUUGAAGUAUAUUAUAGAAAACAAAAAUCCCUUUUAAUGCUACAAUCGUUAAAGCGAGCCUACAAAGUAGAUCCGAAGAACCCGAAAUUGCACAGUUGUCUUAUCCGUUUCUACCAGUUCGUACAAAAAAACAAAACAUCGUGGGAUCCCAACGUAGAUCAAGUGAUAACUCAAGAGACCAAAGUCUAUCUAGAAGGUAAAGAUGCCGUUAGUUUAAAUAAAGAAUUUUUGGAGAAGAACUCUAAUAGUCUCGGGGCUGUGCUUGAAGGUGCGAAGGUUAUGUAUGAAUUGGACAAGAAGAGGCAGAACGAAGCGAUCAGUUUGGCUACUAGUCUGGACAAUAAAUAUGAUGAUGUAAAUAUUGAAGUUUGUACAGAUAUCCUCAAAUCCCUUACCAACGGCGACUUCGGUAGCUGCGACGCUCAAUUAGAAGAAUACACGAAAAGGUGCAACGUCAGAUUUCCCUAUACAGCGGUGUUCAAGCCGCCAUCAUCGGAACCGGACCUCCAUAUCGAAUCGGCCAAUCACGUGCAAGAACACGACAGUAACUGAUGACGUCUCAUCGCGACGAGAAGAAAGCCCCGUAGUGCAUCGGAUAAUAAAAGUGGACAUUAAUCAAUCGUGUUUUUUAUCAAAUCAAUUUUCAUUUAACUCAAGGACUCAGAUUAUGAACUAAAGUGCGUAGAAAUCGGCCCACUUUAAACUUUUGAUCUGAACUAUAUUUUUUCCAGAAACUAUUACUCGGAUCAAAAAACGGGAUGAACCUAGGACAAACAAUCCCUGGCCAAAUAAUCCCGGACAAAAAAUCGCCAGACAAAAAAUCCCCACAAAUAAUCCCCAAACAAAUAAUCCCCGGACAAAAAAUCCCCAUAAAAAAUGUCGGUCAAAUAAUCUCCACAAAUUUUUUUCUACAAAAUUUACCCACAAAAAGUUCCGAACAAAAAUCCUCAAAAAAUAUUUGCUGCGGAAUAGUUCUCAAAAGUUUUCCCGUGAAUACAAUCGAGGCAAAUGUUUUUCAGCCUCAGUGCAUUAGAGUAUAGCAAUCGCCAUGAAACCGCUUUUCGGCACAAAAAUAGUUAUUAGGAAUUAAGAUUAAGCAUGAAAUUUAAAUUCGUAUUCCAAUUUCCUGUUCCAACUGGUUUUCCAUAUUACUGAUUCAUGAUGAAAACUUCAAAUAUAUUACAUGGCACAGGAGUGUUUUCAAAAAUCGUGGAAAGCAUAGGGAAUGAACUAAGGCUGUGGGGACCAAAUAUUGGGAAAAUAAAUAUUUUUUCUCACUCUGCUUUGAAUAACUCUGUUCAAAACAUUGCCUAUGCGUGGUAAUAACUGUUCGUCCUGGAGAAAACCAGUUGGAAUAGGAAAUUGGAAUUCGAAAUUUGGUAAAAUCGAAAUUACAAUUCAUGCUUAAUCUUAAUUGCUAAUCAUUAUUUUUAAUAUAGAAAAAUUUGUGGGGAUUUUUUGUCCGGAAUUUUUUGUGGGGAUAUUUUGUCCAAAAAAAUUUGUGGGGAUUAUUUGACCGACAUUUUUUGUGGUGAUUUUUUGUCUGGGGAUUAUUUGUCUGAGGAUUAUUUAUAUGGGGAUUUUUUGUCCAGAAAUAAUUUGUGAGGAUAUUUUGUCCGUACACAUAUAUUGUUUGAAAGAUAAUUUAAUAUGAGUAUAUACAUUCAUGAAAAUUUAUUUCGACUUCUUAUGUUUAACAUUGUAAAAUUAAUGCAUCAAGAAAAUUCACUUUUUUUAUUGCUAAGGUAUUUUGACAAUUAAAAAUUUAACAAUUAAUGUUUUAAUAAUGGGAGAAGCAUUAAUAACUUCUCUGCAUUAAUAACUUCUCUCAUACGAUUAGGCGUAGAUCUAAUCAAGUUUGCUAUUGUUUCUUGUGGGAUGUUAAGCCACUCUUCUUCUACUGCGUCAAUAAGCUCUGGGAUCGAGUUUGGGGUGUGACGUCUAACUCGAAUUCUUUGUUUUAGCUCAUCCCAUAAUUGUUCUAUGGGAUUGAGGUCUGGACUAUACGCCGGACCAUUCCAUGACCCGAUGGAAUGUAAUUUUGCACGAUUCUUGAGGUUUUCCUUGGAUUUUCCUGCAUAAAAAUAAAUUCGUCUCCUAUGUAAUCAACGCAAGGUAGCACAUGCAUCGCUAAAAUCUUCUCGAUGUAUGUAGCACCCAUUACAACUCCUCUCUCGUAAAGACGGUUACCCCUACGAAUGAAAACAAGGACGGUUCGUGCCCCCAUAGAAAUUGCACUUUAGAUCAUGAAGGAACCACCUCCAUAAGGACUAUGCUCUUCAAUGUAGCAUUUUCCUCGUCUUCGGUACAUUUUCCUCGUCUUCGGUACAUUUUCCUUCUUCGGUCGCUACCAUAGAGGCAUAUUCUGGUCUCAUCUGUGAACAGAACAGAUCCCCAUUGUUCCAACGUCCAGUUCAGAUGGUUCCGUGCAAAACGCAGGCGUGCUUGACGAUGAACUGCAGUAAGUUUUUGACCAAUCGCAUAUACUCGAGGAGUCUAGAUUAUUUUCCUCCAGUCUUCGUCUUCCUGUCUACUGACCAAUUACCACUCCUCUUACUACGCGGAGUUGUUGCACUCCAACGACGUUAAAGUGUCUAUUUCUUAAUACGGUUGGCACAAUAAAGUGAUCAUCACGAGCAGUUUCAGUUCGUCUCCUGGAUCCUGUGGAUCCUAACGUUGGAACACUUUUCGAAUCGCUUCGCGUGUCAUAUCCAGUUGUACAGCAAAAGCUCGCUGGCUAAGUCAAUUUUCUAUUAGUGCAAUAACUUUCUCAAUAAUUCUGGUGUAGUAUUUAUUAAACUCACACACACUUAAACAUUAAUUAUUUAUGAAAAACCAACACUAUGCAAAUUUUAGUUCGAGGCAAUAAUAACAAAUUUUAACAAAUUUCUUAUCGUUAUAAACAUCAAAUAAACACUUUUAUAUGUUUAUAGGUUGCUAAAUGCUAAGUAAUCCAUGACAAAUUUAUACCAAUAUUAAGGCAUGAUAAAUAAUUAUUUUUCAAACAGUACGUAUAUCACUUUUUUUGAUACAAAUAAUUAGUUUUAGAAAUAAAUACAGUUCAAGUCAAAAGUUUAAAGUGGGCCGAUUUCUAUGCACGCAAGUUUAGUACAUUUACAAAUUAUUUAUAUUACAUUUUUUAAUUUGUACAUUUAUUGUAAAUUAUUAUAUUCUUAACUGAUUUCCCUAUUGUAAUUGGGACUUGAAACUUUAAAUUAAUCGGAUGAGUCGUUACGAGAAGAAGAAAUGACAUUCUUCUUGGCGGGAAAAUUACAGUCUGUGAGUCAAAGCGCGAGAGAAUGAAUUUUAACGGUCUGCUAUAGAUUUUUUGUUUAUAUAUUUAAGUUUCUCUUAAGAAAUAAACUGUGUUGUAGAAUUUUGAAGAGAUUUAAAAACAACUGAUUAUGCACCAUCCAAUACUGUUUAUUUUGCAAAUACACCUAUACAAUAUUUA